GCCCUCCCGAUGCAGCUCGUGGAUGAAGACCGGCCUGAGCCCGUGCCCAGCGGGGCGCGCGAGCUCGCGCUCUUCCUGACCCCUGAGCCCGGGGCGGAGGCAAGGGAGGUGGAGGCAGCCAUCGAGGGGAUGCUCCUCCUGCUGGAAGAGUUUUGCAGCCUGACGGACAUGAUCAGGAGCGACACUUCACGGAUCUUGGAGGAGAACAUCCCGCUCCUUAAGGCCAAAGUGACAGAAGUGCGAGGCAUCUAUGCCAGAGUGGACCGGCUUGAGGCCUUCGUCAAGAUGGUCGGACACCACGCUGCCUUCCUGGAAGCACGCGUGCUGCAGGCCGAGCGCGACCGCGGGGCCUUCCCUCAGGCCCUGCGCAGGUGGCUGGGCUCCGCACUGCUCUCAUCCUUCAGGAACAAACCGUCGGCACCGGCGCCCGAGGCAUUCGAGCUGCCCACGCUGUACCGGACCGAGGACUAUUUUCCCGCAGACGCCCCAGAGGCGCGGCGUCACAGCCCCUGCCCGCAUCGGCCUCUGUGAGCUUUGUCACCCUCCUGCUGGGACGUUGGCACUGAAGCUGGGUACACAGAGUUGCUUCCCCUCUGACAGUGAUUUGCUUUGCAUUUCCUCGCCUUGGAGUCCAGAGCAGCUGCGGGGACCCUCCUGUGGCUGCGCUUGGGGGUCAGAGGGACAGCACCUCCCGGUCACGGUAACGUCUGCCCCAUCGAUCGGCCUGCUGCUCUAGGGGCUGAGCUCCGGGGCCGCCGGGCUGGCAGCGGGGAUCCCUUCUCCGGAUGAAGGAAGGCGGUGUGGGAUGACGCGGCUGCUGCACCGCCAGGCCCAGGGCUGUGGUGUCCGUCACUGCACCGCCUGUACACCCCGGGCCCUGCCGCCUGGAUUGUCCCAAUAAAUGUGUCACAACUCACUUGUGGUCGGGUGUGAGAACAGCUGGGGAUGACAGCUUCUUUCUGGCCUGUGUUCCGUCUCUUGAAGGCCCCCUGUGCCCCGCAGUGCCCCGCUCACUGCAGGCUGUGCCUUCUGCCCCCAGUGGGAAGCAGAGGCCAGAGCACUGUCUCCAAAGUAUGCUCACUUCUGUCCUCUGCAGUUGUCCCAACCCUGCAGAUUGCUCACGGUAGCUUUGACCUGGCAUGGAGAUUUCUGGGACUCCUUGCAGGACCAAGAAAAUACACGCACACACACAUGCACACAAGUAAACUAGAGGAUUAGGAUUUCUAGGAAGGCUAAUGAAUCUGUCAAGAUAAAGGUAGAAGAGCAAGGAGUAAGUCGGGUUGUACCAAUUUGGGGAACAUUUUUGGGGCUGAACAUGUAGCUGUUGAAAAGCGUUUGCUCAGCAAGCAGGAGACCCUGAAUUCAAUCCCCAGUGCUGCAAGAAAACCAAACACAAAAGCAAUAAAGGUACUAAGGAGGCUAGAGCAGGAGAAUUACAAGAUUUCAAGUUUGGGACCAGCCUCAGCAAUGUAACUUGUACAUUUAACUCCUUAAUCCGUUUAGAAUUCUGGAUCUGUGAGCUCAAAAUUUUUAAAAAACAGCUGGGAUGGAGCUCAGUGUGAAGGCCCUGGGUUCAGUCCCAAGUACUAGAAAGGGGGCGCCUCUAGAUUUUCGCAAACAAAACCACAGCAUCAGCACGCAGAAGCCCCUCCCUGUCCACAUCUCCGCCUGGAACCCAGACAUCCGACAGGAGGGGCCCCGGCCCCGGGUGAGCAGAGGGUGUGAGUGUGUGUGCACAGCACGUGUCCCUUUGUGUCCGGCUCGUGGGCUGGACCGCGUGCCUGCGUCCCUGUCGCUGUGUAGCUGCAGACUGUUAAUUCUCCUGGCUGUGCGGUAUUGAUUGGGGCUGCUUUUAAUGAAGGAAACCUCCACGUUCACCAUGCCCUGUCUGCUCACGGGGAGCACAGAGCGAGUAUCAAGUUCAUUUUUUAACCCAAGCCAUUGAGGGCACUAGUUUUCAGAAGGCCCCAUAUCUGUUGAUUGCAGGAGAACUGCAGGCUUGUUUCCCCUUUCAAGGCCUGAGCCAGGGGCCAGGCAGAGGUGGAAGGUAAUGUCAGUAAUUAAGCCAUAGCAACAAAAGUGUCCUACAUUAGAGACCUGCAGGGCUGUGGAUCUGAGGUUAACCGCUCGGGUGGCACCUUCAUCUCCUGCGUAGCUCAGCUGUGUGACCCUGACUUUGUUGCUUACCCUCUCUGAGCCCAGCCUCUUCCUCAGUAAGAUCCACGAGUGAUGGGCUGUGGUGACAUGAGAUAGAUGAGCUGUGCGCAUGCUUGGCCCAGCCCCAUCCAGAGGCACUCGGUAACGGUGUCUGUGUCGUGCUCACCGGGCUUGAUAGCGAAGGGCACUGUGCGCUGUUUCACAGUUGACCGGUGCUUUCAGGCAGGUGCCUGACUUGUUACUGGCGAGUGAGUGGCAUCCCUAGCUACCUACUUGGGCAGCCGCCCGCCCUGGGCCAAGGAUGACUGCAGCCGGGAGAAGGUGGCUUGCUUCUGUGGCUGUUGCUGGACAGGAGCACCCAUUGGAAGGGUUCUGAAAAUGUCCGCAAGAGCAAGGCUCUGGGACCAUCGGCCGCCCUCCUCACCACUUUCCCGGGGUGUGGUCUUCAUGCCAUCAAAGCCAGAAGUUUCGGCACAGCUGCCCCUGGUCACAGAAACGUGAGGUUCGUCCUGAUCAGUUUUACACUGAGACAAAUGUCUGUCUGGAGCAGAUAAAGCAGUGAUGACAGACCUUCUAGAGACCAAGUGCCCAAAUUGUAACCCAAAACUCACUUAUGCAUCGCAAAGUGCUACCACUGCAAUAAAGCUGAAUACUGAGA